UACUAUGGCAGGACAACAUAUGGAAGUAAUAGUGGGCACCUAUGAACAAGUUUUGGUCGGAUUUAACGUUGUUGUCGGAGAAGAAGAGCUCGAGUACAGGUUAAAACCGAUCUUCGCGGAGAAAGAGCAUGCGAGUUGUAUCAAAAGUGCCGCUAACAAUGGCCAGUUUCUCGCUACUGGAAGCUCAGAUGAAACAAUAAGGUUAUACAACAUUAAAGAUCACAGAGAGCUUGGUGCCUUAAUGCAGCAUGAGGGCACAAUAACAUGUUUGACAUUUCAUGACAGUACUCAUAUGCUAAGUGCUAGUGAGGACAAUACAAUUUGUGUUUGGGAAUGUCGUACAUGGGAAUGCCUUAAAACAUUGAAAGGUCACAGGGGUCAUGUAAAUUCAGUUUCUGUGCAUCCAUCUGGAAGACUGGCACUCUCUGUUUCAAAAGACAAAACAUUAAGAACAUGGAAUCUUGUGACUGGAAAAUCAGCAUAUGUUACCAAUAUCAAAGAAGCUGCCCUACUAGUUAAGUGGUCCCCUGCAGGGGACAGCUAUGCUGUGGCCAUUGGAACAAAAGUAGUUGUUUACAAACUUGCUACGGCUGCCUUGUCCUUUACAAUGGAGUUCUCCAGAUAUGUAUUGGCUUUGGAGUUUCUAUCGGAAAAUAUCCUUGCUGCCGGUGGAGAAUUUGAAGGGAUAAGAAUAUUAGAUAUUGAAAGGGAAGAGUGUCUCCAGAUAGUGAAAGGACAUGAAAACAGGGUAAAAGAUCUUUGCAUGACAGACGAUUUGCUGAAAGAGGAAACUGGGCGUUUGUUGUUGUUUUCUACAUCAUCCGAUGGAGAUUUAAGAGGCUGGACUUUCAACCCUAAGAACUUUGAAGAAGAUGCUAAGCUUGUAGCGAGAUACCAAGUGCCUGGAAGACCGACAUGCUUAACGGUCGUGGGCAGGCGAUCGGUACCUGCUGCAGCAAAACCUGAGCUCGAGAAAAACGCUGUGGAGUCCGACCAACCUUUGAAGGAUAAGAAGAAAAUAGAGAAAGGAAAGAGUGAAAGAAGAACCACAAGUGUUUCAGCCGACGAACCCAAAAAGAAAAAGAACAGAACAAAAAAAAAGAGAAAGUCCGCUAAGAAACGAGGGGAUUCCAGUCUUAAAGUGACAGAACGAAUGAGCGCCACUAAGGAACAAACUAAAGAUGAAAGUGACUUGACGGAAGGAACUGAAAACGGACAAAACGACGAUAGUAAUGCUAGUGAGGAAGACGAAUGAAAACAAAGAAAAGCGUCGAACCCACUUUACAUUGACAUACUCCCAGAGAAGCUUUGGAUUCAGUAAAAGGCCGUGGACAAACACUUCUGCCCCUUAUUGGUUCAGCUUACGAUAAGUCCACAUGGUAGUCCGGUUCAGAUAAAGGGAGAGUGACUUUAAAUUACGUGUUCAAGCGCGGAAACGUGCAUGCAAGAGAUUCGCCUUCUGUACGUCUCUCUGCGCUGCUGCCCUGGCUCACCUGUCUGAGUUCCUGUUUUCGAGGAUGAGUCUGUAUUGAGCUGAAAAGACUUUGACGCUCAGCCUAUCAAAAAAGUACGAUUAAGUGUGGUUUAUAUUUACUCAGUAAGCUCUCUAACCAUUAUGUAAUAAGAUCACUCUGAAGGGUGAAAAACUGAAAUCCACUAUGGUUAAGUCAAACGUUAAAUAUAUAAAGGCAGGCGGGUAACGAAGAUCAGCAAGAAGAGUAGCGCUUUAAUUGAUGGCUUGACCAGGUGCGUUUAGUGUUGUUCGUCCGUCAUUCAAGGAAAUGCCUUGUUCUAUACUAAGCAGUGACUUAUUGAAAUGGAGAUUUGCACCAUGACUAGCUUAGCUUCGUGAUAGAAACGAAUAAACAAGCGUGCGUAGUAAGAGAGAUUGUUCUCAUAAUGAUAUAAUCGCCAAGGGGCUUUAUCAACCGCGCAAGGAGAAUGACAAGAAGCAAGUGUCAUCUUUAGUCGCUUCGUGGUUCGCGUGAAAUAGUUUUCCCACAUUUGUUGUAUGAAGAUUACAAAUAAAUCAGUUUUCCCAUAUG